CUUUGAGCGGCGGUUACUGUUCCAAUAUUGCGAUGCUCUGUUAUAUUUAAAAAUUUCAUUUAAUUUGCAAUGUCGCGUGAUAUUUGCCAUGGUUUCCACUUGAACAAAUGACAUGAGUGCUUUGAAUAUCUGUUCACCGAUGGACAACGUGACCUUAUUGUUUUUGUUGCGUGCUUUAUGCUUAAAAAAUCACUCGAUCGAUCACUUGUUUCUCGAACGCAUAUGUAGUGGUUAGAGAUGACACGCGGCGGAAAAAGUGGGGUGUUAUAGAGCAUCGCGUGAGUGAUAUAUCCGUGAACCUAUUGAAAACAUCGCAAAGAUCCCAGUUAAGCCGUCGUAAAAAAUAAGAAGCAACGAUGAAGUGGAUGUUGCGCUCGCUUGGUCACGGAAAGCAGUUGAGCUGAAUGACAUCUAGUGUUCAAAUACUAUGAAGUUGUACCGUAUUUUAAGCAUCACUGUCACGGCUGUUUCAUUCUUUGCAAGAAGCUCUUUUGGACAAAAUCCAGGUAGGUGAUGGGCAGUUUAGCGAAAAGUUAGUAGCUACAAGAUGAGUGUAAAAAGGUAAUCGACUCUUCAUUAGGGUUUAUAUUGAAUGGAAUAUUCACUUCACGAACACGCAACAUAGACAUUUUGGCUGCAUGCCGUACAGAUCUUAGGUUUAAAUAUUCUGAGUUAGGAGGAUGUCAAAUUUAAGAGUUUCCCCUAUUUUUUCAUACUAGAGCAAGUGAUAUUUGGAAAUGUGGAAAUAUUUAUUUUAAAACCGACAGACUUGUUACCAAGCGUGGCAUGAGGUGAUAUUACUUGCUCUCUAUAUCUGAAUUUUUAAGUCACUAUAAUCAAGACAAUCAAUGACCUGCCAAAUAAAUACUCGCAUUUUAGAAAAAGAAAAAACACAAUUAUUGCAUCAAUCUAAAACUGAAGUAGAAUAGAAACUUGUACUGAUCAACGAAUUGAAGAGUUUGAAGGAAGUAGCCCGGGAAGAGCGCUCAAGUGGAGUUUAGCUCUCUUAUCACUUUAAAAGCGUCGCGUUUAAAAUUAUUAUCCGCACUAAAUGAAUUUAAUGAAAGAAAAUAUCAUUUAAACUAGUCUUCCUUGUCUGGCAGACAAGCUUAAAUCUCCUUGAUAUUUGACCGCAUCAUUUCACGGUCAGUCAAAAUGCUUAAGGUCUCAAAUUUUAGGUCUUUUUGACAGUGUGACAUAUACAAUAAUACCGCAUAUUUAUUGUAAGAGUUAUAAUGUACCUGCAUGGGGUGAACUCUUUUAUUUUAUAACUCUUAUUGAGCGCGUGUUAUUCAUUCGAUUUUCCACGAUUCAUCGAAACAUCACACGAUCAAUUUUUCCUUUGAAGCAUCCGUUUGAGAGUAAUAUAUAGUUACUUCCACUUUUUGUAGGUGACAUUAGGUCGCGAACUAAAUUUUUGUGGAGUCGGUGAUUUCAAUGUUAGACGCUAUAUUUCAUAAGAAGCCACCUGCUAAUUUGAAUUUUAAAAUUUUUUAAGGUUUAAGUUCAUGAAUAGCACCUGACCGAGUUAUUAAUAGGUCAGUUCAAAGUAGACAGACUGCAAAUUAUAUUAGUUGCUAAAAAAUAUAUAUCUACGUGUAUGAUACAAAACCUCGGUAUCUUUGGUCAUCUUUAUCCUUCAAUUACAGACUUUUUAUCUGUAGAAUUUACAAUUAGUUUUUUCUGUCUAUAAAGAUUUGAAAUCAAAGUAAGUAAAAUUUCAAAUUGAUCACGUUUGUUACUCAUGUUUAAUUUUGGGGUUAUUUCGCAUAGAUCGAUCGGAGAGACCCCUUCUCUCUCUUUGUAAGCUCAUGUGUGUAAUUCCAGCUCUCUAACAAUAAAACUAGCGAGUUGCCCGGCUGCAAACCUUUGACGAAUUUAGACGAAUAAACGAUCAGUCUUUUAUUAUGUAGACUUCAUCAAUUAUUGUUUACCGACCGGCAGUAGAAAGUGUGGUAAAGAGAUAAGUAGGUUUUAGGCUCACAGCACCUUUUUUUACUCAAGGUUGUCUUUGAUGGAAUCAACAUAGCCAACUUAGGUACUUUAGCACCCCAUAGAGUAGCGCGUUUACUUUCAGUGGCGCCCGAUUACAUUUAGGCCUUCUUUCCAAAGCAAGUAAAUUGGUUAUUAACAUAAUUUUUCAUUCCAAUGCAGGUUUACCUGAACUUAAGGCGCUUUAUCCUCUAAAUAAACAAUAUGGUACUACAGACAUUAGCAAACAGCAGAACCCCCCCGGAAAGGAUAGGUUCGUUGAACUUGCUCCAGGAAAUUACGGGCAACCCGCGGGAUCAUACUUUUUCUCCGGGACAUCGUCAAGUUUUAUAGAGCUGCCAAAUAAUGGCGGUCUGGAUGCUAGAUAUUCUAUGACUUUCGUUGCUUGGAUACGGCCUGAAGACUCUACAGGGCCGUUGCUUAGCUACAGGGUGAACGAUAAAGACGGGGUAAGAGUAUGGCUUGAGAGACCCAAUGUACUAGCAGCCUUGUUUGAGACUAGGAAUUUAAAUCUGCCUUAUUCGAUCACAAGCAACAAAAUUCGACUUGAAUCGUGGAAUUACGUGGCUGCAUCAUACGACAACUCUACUGGAACAAUGAAAUUAUGGAUUGACGGCCGAGAAGUGAGCAGUUUUAACGUUGGUCAAAAUGAACUUGCUACACAAGGUGACGUGAGAAUUGGAGCUGUUUCAGGGGGAUCGGAUUUUUAUAAAGGACGAAUAGCGUGCGUACAGAUCUAUAACAAGUCUCUUUCCGAACAGGAGCUAAAAGCAGUGAGAGAUAGAUGUCUUGUUGAAGGUGAAUAACAUAUCCUUUUAAACUCCAAAAGUGUGCUGUUUUAGCCUGAGAAACUAGCCAACAUAUUGCGACCCCACCUCUGGUUUAUCCGCGAAAUGAUGUCUAAGGAGAAUGCGUAGAAAUUCCGCACCGAAAAAGUGCCCCUGUUUGGUUAAAAAUUUCCUUUAUUCCAUCAGAACCAAUGCCCAUAUCUGGGUAGUGACGCUUCAUUAGUAUGGAGUUACUGUGCUCGUUAAUCAAGUUUCAUUUCGCAAGGAAACCAGUGGCGACGUCGCGAAAUCGGUCGGUUGUUUCCUCAGGCUAGAGUCGCGAGUAAACGUCACCAGUACCAAUUUGGAUUCUUAUCUAGCUGCUAAAUCAGGACCAAAAUGAUACAAUUUUAAAAACCGAAACAGUGGAGACCCGAGCUAAAGAGAGGUAACAGACCUUUUGAACUGAGGCUGUAUGUGAACUGAAACCAUCCACAAUACCUUUCCGGAUUGUCGCGUGCACUUUUUCGGACAACCUUUCUCGAAAUUGCUCUAAAUGAAAACUAAGUAGAUGGCCAGGGCCCAGGGUAAAUAUGGGAAGUAGCCACGUAGCAGGGAAGGUGUUGGGUUGGAAGGUGACUGAACAAACAAACAAGGAAACAAAGCCUUCAAAGUAACCACUUUGUCAUUUUUUCGUACAUCCGAGAUGACCACUACCCUGUUCUUUGCUGACGGUAAAUUCUCAGUGUUUACUCUUCAUUAGUAAACCUCUUAGGGCGUGUUGGAUUGACCUUAUCCCGGAAUAACACUACCUCUAGAAAUCACUUUUUGGCAUUUAUUGCUAAUGCAUCAGAAUAUCUUGUGGUCUCCUUGAAAUAAAUAUUCCGAUGUAUGCAGAGGCCGUGAGAAUGGUCCAGAAAUCACGGCACCCAUACACUCAUAAGAAAGCUAACAUUUCGUUUUAGUGUUUCCUGAUUCCUUGUGGUAACUGAAUCCUCCUUCAAAAAUAUCUAAGAUGCACUUGUUUCAACUCUGUCAAAAAUCUUAAGACGAUUUUUUUCUUUAUCUCCCCGCAGUGCCAUCACGAUAUAUAGGCUGUUAUGCCGACAAAGCUGCCGCUGCAAUUCCUUCAUUAGAAGGCAAAGAUCCCUUGUUAGAUGGAGACCCCAAAACAAGAGAGGACGCUUUACAAAAAUGUGCGCGCGUCGCAUUUAAACUCGGCUACGUCUAUUUCGCGAUCAAAGAUGGAGGACAUUGCCUUUCGAGUCUUACUGCGCAAGACACUUACAACAAGUACGGACUGUCUACAGACUGCCUGGAUGGAAAUGGCGGGAAAAUGGCAAGCGACGUGUACGAGAUUAUAAUGUUCAGUAAGUGAGAUUUGUAUGCAAUUUAGAAGAAAUUUGAUUAGCUAUAAAAAAAAGAAAAGAAAAUGAUUAUGUCGCUCAUUCGAUUUCAAGUAAGUUAAGAAACAGUACCAAACCUCCCUCAUAUGUUAGUUAGUUUUUUUUUUUGGUUUCUUUUUUCAGUAUUGAAAUCUUGACAGUGAACUUGAAGAUUAAACUUAUCAAAUUACUGAGCCUCUGCCGUAGGGGUGCCGCGGACGUCGAUUUUGUCGCACGUUUUCCGUGGUUUUCAGGCGAAAUCGUCGCAUAUCAAUACGUUUUUUGAGUAGUAACGCAACUCCCUUCUAGCGAGCUCAGCGUACCAUAACGACGACGAAAACGACAAAAUAAGUAAAGAAAAACUCUGAACGUGCAGUACACUUUUUGGCAGAUUUCUUUGCCACCAUUGCACGACUAACAUUGUCAAACUUGAUUGAAAUGGCAAUGCGACCGUCGUUUUAAUCUGUAAGAUCGUCGCUUCAUCAAUGGCGGUCGUCGCGACUUCCAUUUCGUCCAGAAAAUGCCCUUGCAUACAGAGGCUCAUUAUACUUUUUGUUGACUGAGUAUGAGACCAAAACAUUUUUAAAACAGUGUAGUUACAAACAUGGUUACUUUAUUUGCCUUAUCUUACGUGGCUUUUAUUGCUGCUGCGUUGUUUUUGUCUCUGAAGUCAGUCCUUUCUUAAUUCCUCCUUAAGUAAAAAAACAGCGGGGGUAACGAGAAUGUCACCAUUCCUCGUUUCACAGUCUUGACUUCGUAGCGAUAGUGAUUCCAGCUCGCUAAAUUUGUGUCGAAUGUGUUUUUUUCCUUAAGCUGAAAUUUGAGUGACCGUGUACAAGUCCAUACGGAAAUAGGCUAAUUAUUGGUUGUACGUUCGCGACUUCUAUAAAACGUCUUGUCAUGACCUUUCAUGCUGUAGCUGCAUUAUUUACGGAAAAGAUGAACUCUUAAAUGCGAUGCACGUGCUGCCCUCGUGACUAGUUGUUCUUGUUACAGUUGCCGUCUCCAUGGGUGUUUCUCCAUAAUAUGCCCACGUCUCAUUCUCGUCCCCAGAGCCACUCGGCUUAAUUUGUAACCGACCCUCGUUUCCCUACCACGUGACCAGAAAACGACGGGCUCUGGGGACGAGAAUGGCUCACAUCUCUACUGAAGCUAUUUUCACAAAUAGUCCAUUCUUAAGCCAAAAUGUUGUAGUUGGUUACUUGACCACCAUUUUCUACUGUCUUUAAUCUGUUCACAGAGUAUCAAACUUGCUGGAAUGGAUGGUACUCAAAAAGAGACUCCUGUUUUAAGCUCUAUGACGACAAGAAAACCUGGGCUGACGCAGAAGCUGUUUGCAAAGCAGAGAGGGGCAGUUUAGCGAAGUUAAACUCACAAGAUAAGAGUUACUUCGUGUUUCUGCAUUUGAUCAAACCAGCCAAUCCCAGCUCGGGCGUGUGGAUAGGGUUGUCUCGUGACAUGAAUAUGAAAUUCUAUUGGUCGGACGGUACUCCGGCGGAGCCGUAUACGAACUGGGCACAAAGAUCCCCGGAUACCAGCCCCGGAAACAAAAAGAACUGCUCUAAACUGGAUGUUUUUACAGGACUUUGGGAAAACGAGGAGUUUGAUUUCACUUUUUCGUUCGUUUGCGGAAGAGGUUGGUUUUAAAAAGACUCAAAGCAACAAGCGUAAUCCGUUAAUCAUAUAAAUAACUGAUUUAAUGGAAAUACGAAAUUUCACAUUAUUUGAACUGCGCAAUGAAGAAAUAGAUGCGGAAAGUAGUCUGCCACUCUGAAAUGACUCCAUGUUAUAUUUUCCAUUGUAAAAUCUUCGUCUCUCUAUAUAUUUUAAUUCCCAAGAAAUCCUUCAACACAGAGAUAAAACUCUGUCUUUUCCCCUGAUCUUCUUUACGUCAUUUUUCAGUCAGCACCAAUCCACGACAAGAAAGAAAAACUUAAGUUUUUAACACUAAAUAGCUUUCUUCUCUUACGUUAAAUGGCUCGAAAUAGCUUAAAGUAGGAUUGCUAAGUGAUAGCUAGUCUGGUACUCUUUUUAACAAUUGCAGUGAUUCCUGCCACACCUCGCGACGUACGCGUCCAUCUCAUGGACAGUCACUCAGCCCUCGUCAUGUGGUCAACACGUGAACAGUCUCAGGGACAUGUGACGUCAUACUACAUAGAGUACAAAGUAAAAGAUUAUGACGACGUGCAACUUAAGGUUGUACAGAACCAGAAUAGAACCAGUUUGACAGGUCUUCAGUCGCACGCCGUGUAUGAAGUCAGAGUCCGAGCCGUGAAUGGUGCUGGUGGAGGAAUGUGGAGUCAUUAUGAGACUUUAUCAACUGGCGAAACUUGUAAGAAGAAAAUGAAACCGUUUUAUUUUUGAGUUAGACUGCAAACUAUCAGUUGGUCAAACUAUCGUUCCUUCGCGCCUGAAGAAAGCCUGCGCGCGCAGACGUAUUUCUGACUGUCGCUUUCACUUUCGCAGGCUCACCUAAAGAGAAAGACACCUAAUAUUUUACAGUUUCUCUUGAAUGAAAUUUUGGUUUUGUUGAUUACAAAUUGUCUCUUUUUUUUGCUCUGAAAUUAAAACGACUUGAAAUUGACAUUUUGGCUUUUAACUGGCCUUCUUGAGGGUUGUACCUGUAUCAUACCAGACAAAAAGACAACCGAAGAGUACUAGGAACGACUUUCCUGUUUGGUAGGUCUUGAGAUUGUGCCUACAUCAUACACCCUUUCCUCAGGGAAGUAAAAAAUAAAGUCAGUAGUGCUGACCUUCGUAACCAUACCUUGAGAAACUUCGUGAAGGCUAGUGGAGUCGUUUUAUCCUCGGAGAAAUCCCGAAAAAGAAUAAACAAUUCGGAAAUUUUUUAAUAGUUUCCAAGAUAUGUUUUUUGUUAUUUCUUUAUACAGACCCUCCUCGUAUAAACCCAUUUGAGCCAAUGAGAGCUCUCGUGCCAGGAGAGGAUUUGAUACUCACCUGCACUGCCCGAGGAGGCCCGGAGCCCACAAUAACAUGGUACAAAGACCGGAAGUUGAUUCACAAAAACCGGACAUUGGAAAUUACAAAUCAGGCGUCAGCUAUGGAGGGGCUAUACACCUGCAGAGCUAGUAAUGGUAUUCAGCCAGAUGAUAUUGCAUCUGUUACGGUGACUUCAUUGGGUAAGUAAGAUCUCUUUUCUCCCACUCGAAUACAGAAAUAUUUAAGUAUGAUCUGUUUUGCAUCCUGAGGAAGCUUUAAAAAAGCUAUCCUUGUCCCAACGGCCGCUCUCUCUUUCGCGAAGAACCAUUUCAAGAAAAACCUCUGGGGCCAGGAUAUAAUAAGGCGACCUGUAAUAGACCUUUCCAGUUUGUAUGUUUUGUUUUCCAAUUUCAGACCACGUGAUGGUACCCCAUGCACGUCACGUGGUCUGAAUUGAGAAAACAAAACUUGCAAGCUAAAAAGAUCUAUUUUCAUUAAAAAAUUAAUGAGGUUAUCGAUCAACAGUCCAACGGAAACCUGAAGGACUUUCUGGUAAAGUUUGGCAACCGCCUGCUUUAUAAAGCAAGCUUUGCAUGUAAACAGUCUCUUUUACAGUACUAGCUGGAAUAAAAAGGGAGCUGACGUUUUGCGAUCAGAUAUUCGUGCACUAACGAGGUUGCCUAAUAACUCUAAAUUUAAUUCAUUAAAGGGACAGGUUCACGGUUAAGCGCAUAAUCAUUAAUUACAUUACUUCUUUCCAAUUUAUUAUUAAUUGUAACGGUUAAUAAUCCCACUCACAUGUAUCUCAGCGAUCUCAGAGUGUAUUUCAAAGUAGAAUUGUAUUUCAGAUUAACCUGAAGUAGGGCGGAGGAGUAAUAAAAUCGAUCGCAGAAAAAAAUUAGUGGAUUAUGCCAACACUACCAACGUUGAAUUUAUUGUUGACCCGAAGGUUUUAUUCCAUGGUUGAUUAAUUUACAGCUAUUUGCAAAUAUUUAAGUUGAUCAAGUGCAAGUGAUUGCCAGGGGAGUGUGCAGAUUGGUUCUUUGGCAACAUUAUAACAUGAUCAUAUUGCUUGCAUAGACGAUACAGCAUGUCCCUACAGAAAAACAGCAUUUUGAUAAAUGAGCAUGCGCUGAACCGUGAACCAGUCCCUAAUUAAAACAAUGCUAAUAUUACUUGAUUCUUUCCUAGCUACUCCCGUUCUAAAGCACGCGUGGGGGACUGCAUACGAAGGCGAGCUUUACCUCAAGCAAGGAGCACGAUUGUCCUUAAAAUGUGAAAUUGCAAACACAACAAUAGCGGAAAUCACGUGGUACAAGGGUGACGAUCCUUUACCUUCGCAGCGGUACUCCUCCAAAAGCGAUAUUGAUAUUCAAAAAACCUCUGCUGAUGAUUUUGGUGUUUAUGAGUGCAAGGCCAAAAACUCCUUGGGUGUGGCCUCCAAGAAGAUAAAAGUGGUGAAUGGUGAGGAACAUUUUAAAAGAACUCUACAUGACACUUAGUUUAUUAGGGAGUUGACAGGUCUUCAUUUAAGCCUGCCAAAACAGCCGCAUUCCUCCUCGCUCCUAGCCUCUUAUAGGGUCUUUUUGCCGUCCCUCCUGGCGAGGAGCAAGGAGGAACGGCUGUUUUCGCCGGCUUGGUCUUCGUAUAUAGUAUUUCUGUGUAGAUCACAACGACCCAUAACGGAUUCAUAAAUGAAAAACAAGGUGCAUUUCAGUUUCUAUAGCGGCUACGUACCUUCACCUGUUGGUUUACUUGUUAAUUCAAAACACUUAUCUAUUAAGUUAGCCCUGAUGUGUAGUAACCAUUAUGAGUAACUAUUUUUAUAGCCCGCGAACACGCUCACCAUUUUAUAUAGCGAGCGAAGGGAGCCACGACGCGCGAGAGAACGCGCGAGGGAACCCGCCUCCCGCACUCACGUCUCCUUUCGCGGUCCACUCUCGCGUGGCUUCUUGCGACUCCCUAAAAAGGAAAGCUAAUCUCGUACCCAGCUCUCACAUGGAAAGCUUGCUAGCAGGCUACCAUGUUUAUAACUUGGUGCUUCAAGAACAGUAAUCUAUGUUUUCAUUUCUCACUGCUGAGAUCUAAAUUCCUUGCCUUUUCUCUUUUCAAUUAGCUGAACAACUAACUCGCCUCAAUAUCGUCAUUGGUUGCCUAGCAUCACUGUUGUUUAUUCUUUUCGUGGCAUUUGCGAUCGUGGUGUGCCUGUUACACAAAGCGAGAAAGAAUGCAGCUUCAAAACAGGAAGUAGAGGAAGAAGACGAUCCCCUCCCCACCCUCUCUGGUCCAAGACCAAGUGAUCACGAUUUUAAAAUACCGGAAGUGCGGUCCACUGGUUCACCUAAGAUACCAUCAACUGGGAAUAAGCCUUCAUACACGCCUCUUAAUACAGUCGAUAGUCCAAACGGCGGGACAAGCAUAACAAUUGAAACUACAAAGUUCUAGGAAAAAAGUUGUGUUGCAGUUUGCGUUAAGUUCCAUUGCUAACGGGCGAACCAUUUGACUUUUGAAGGGGGAAGGGGAGGUAUUGGUUAUUUGGUUUGUGUAAGAAAUUUAUUUCUUCCAAACCUCUGGUGAUAGAAUGUUUUUCCCCGACAUGCAAAGCCAUAUAUUUCCUUGCAAGAUUUUUUCCCCUCGAAUCAGUCUGCAGGAUAUUUUUUUUUCUGAAAUCACCCAUACCCUUCUCCUCAAAAGUCAAAUGGUCGGCCCUUGACACUUUACGACUUCGUUACAAAUUUCCCGCCACUGUCCACAGAUUGACGCUCAUUUUCGCGCGCUUUCGGCUAACUUCUAUUUGAUCUUAGCGUGAUUGGCUAAAUUUAUUACGACAUUGAAUAGACAUUUUAGUGAUAUUGCGGCCAUAUCGAGUGAUUUCUAAACAGCCUCCCUUGAUCUAAAGACUAUUAUAGGAUGUACAGGGGGCAUGACGAAUUCACAAACAUUUUGUUCGAACGGCGGUGUUUGUGGCGUGUUUAAUUUGGGGUUUUUCGGUCUCCGGCUUGAAAAGUGCGCCUUAAUUUAACUCUCAUUUUUCAGGAAACUGGCAUUCCUUUUUUUUUCCAAAUAUGACACAAAGAUCUCCUUUCCUUAUUAGAAUCUUUUUCUAAACAUAUAACAGAAAUCGAACCAGGCUAAAGAACAAAUUAAAGAACCCCAACCCCAAAUCGGCGUAACGCUGGAUCGAAACUCACACACCGGGGCAAAAAGAAAACAUACAACGUUAACUUUGCCGUUGAUAGUUUUUUAAAUUGUUAACAGACUUAUAAAAACAAAUAACAUCAGUCAUUCAGUAACAAGAAUGUUAUUUAAAGUAAAGCGAUGUUAUUGAAUUCAAAUGAUUAAAAACAGCAACA